CGGGGCCGGGGCGGGGGGUCCCGCAGAGCAGCCUCAGCCCUUGGGGAACGCAGCCCCCAGCGCAGCAAACAUGAUGACGAUGAACGUGGAGGAGCUGGUGACCGGGAAGAAAGGCGAUGAUAAAGAGAUGGGCAGCUUCCUCCCCGAGGACUUCAAAAAUGGAGAGUAUGAAGCUGCUGUGAAAUUAGAGAAGCAGGAGGACCUAAAGACAGUCUCUGAGCACUCCCUGAGCCGAGGAGAUCUGGCUUAUGAGAAGGAGAAGAAACUCGAAGCAGAGCUGAAGAAGAAGAAAUUAGAACAGAGAUCAAAACUCGAAAACUUGGAGGAUCUUGAGAAGAUUAUUCAGUUGAAGAAGCAGAAAAAAUGCAAGAAAGUGAAAGCGCCCGUUGUAAAGGAACCUGAACCAGAAGUUAUUACGGGACCAGUGGACGUGCCCACCUUCUUCCGAGCUGCGCUGGAGAACAAGCUGCCAGUAAUUGAAAAAUACCUGUCAGACAAAGGGGAUCCCAACGUCUGCGAUAAGUACAAGCGCACCGCCCUGCACAGGGCAUGCUCUGAAGGACAUCUAGAGGUGGUGAAAAAACUGGUGGAAGCUGGAGCCCGGCUGGAACAGAAAGACAUGCUGGAAUCCACAGCCCUGCACUGGGCCUGCCGGGGGGGCAACCUGGACGUUCUGAAGUUCUUACUGGACAAGGGGAUAAACAGAAACGCCAGAGACAAGCUGCUGAGCACCCCCCUGCACGUGGCGGUGCGGACGGGGCAGCACGACUGCGGGGAGCACCUCAUCGCCUGCGAGGCGGAUCUCAACGCCAGGGACAGGGAAGGAGACACGCCGAUGCACGACGCCGUGCGGCUCAACCGCUACAAGAUGGUCCGGCUCCUGAUCCUGCAUGGAGCAGAUCUGACUAUAAAGAACUGCCAAGGGAAAACCCCCAUGGACCUUGUUCUUCACUGGCAGAAGGGCACCAAGGAGAUAUUCAACAGCCUGAAAGACAACUCCUACAAGAGCAUCCAGCUAGGCAAGCUCUGAAGAGAGAAACCAAACUGCCCUCUUUUUUGCUGCUUUUAAAAUGCUUCUUAUGAACCUGGAGGAAAAUAGCCCUGAAUGUAGUAUAUUUAUUGAAAAAUAUUUCGGGUACUGGAUGAUCUGAAGUACCUGCACUGAAAAUGGCAAAACAAACGUGCAGAUAAGUUAUUUUUUAAAGGCAGGCUGAGUGUCAAAAUUCCACUGCUUUUCAAACGGCUUUAUUUAUUACUAUUUAUUAUUUAUUUAUUUAAAAGGUCAUUUUAAAUUAUUUUCAAUAUCAUUGUAGCUUUUUUAAAGCGAGGAUUACAUCCUAAUGCAAUCUUUGCCAACAACGUAAAUCCUUUGGCCUUAGACAGCAGCAUUUCCAGCCACACUGGCACCUUCCCCCAGCCCUACGUGCCUUUGUCUCUGCCAAAUUCUCACUACUGAAAUAAUACGUUAGAGGAGUGGUGACAGACAGGGGGAAGAGCAGCAGGAGGAGGUGCCCCGAGGGUUUAGAGAAGCAGUUGAACGAAGGGGUUUGGCAAUAAUGAUCAAUAAAGAGCUGGAGGGGGGAGCCCCAACCUCCACGGAACCGGGAUUCGGAUGCAACGAUGAGGAAGGUGAGAGGAGAGGGUAUCAGGAAUGGGAACUUAUUUUAAGCCAGACUACUGUGAUGUCAGUGCGACUGAAGAAUGAAAAAAACCAGAUUAUGUAUAUUUGUAAAUUUGUACUGCCUUUUCUGUACAUUUUGUACUGAUCUAUUUCAGAUUAAAUAAAACAGAGUGGUUCUUUUUA